UAUUGCCCUGAGAGUUGCUCUAUCAGCAUUUCUGAAUGAAAGUCCGAGUAAACUGAGAGAAUCCAUUCAAUAAAAGAGAAAAAAGGCGAACCGUCAGAGGUUUCCUCGGGCAGGGAGGUCUGCAAGUGCGUAAAAACGCGGAUUCCCUGGUGCCUCAAGAGUGGGACGGUUCAGUUUCAGCCCUUUCAAGAAGAAGACCGCGGAACAGCCGGGCCAGCCUGACUCAAACCCGCAGAUAGUGAUUGAGAGUGAUGCUUAAAUGGAUUAGAGAGAGAGGAAGGGAGAGGGAGAGAGAGGGGAGGGAGAUUUGCCAUGAAGCUUUCUGCCCUUGAACACACAGGGCAAAUCUGAUCCAGUAAAGUAGACAGCGCGCGCACCACAAGUCCAUACUCUCACUUUCGGAUACUUCACUGGUACACACGCACCCUCCUCCGGUAAUUCAGCAUCUCCUGCAGAAAUAGGGCAUCGUCCUCCCCUGAAAAACCGACGGAGCAUGCAUUAAAAAAACAAAACAAAAAAAAACUAAGAAGAGCCGCAUCCUCGCUGCAGGAGGCGAUGCCGUUUCCACACGGACGCAAGUCGAGCGCGCGGACCAUGGACAGCAGCUGCUGAGUGAAGGAUGCGACCAGGUGGAUAAUUCUGAGCUUGGAAAAGGGGAAACCCACUCUACGUGACCUUCAGGACAUAAAUAUGCUCUGCGGUGACGCAGUCCAGGAGCUGCUAUGGAUGUAGGUCCAAGUAAAAGCAUCAGCACUUUUAAUCCAACAUAUCAGGACAGUGCCCCAACUCACAGAAGACAGACAGAAGUCAAUGCACAAAACAAUAAACUUGCUUUGCAAAAACUCCCCUCAAACAUAUAACAAUAAAACACGUUUAUGCACAUUUUUCUAUACAUCUGACUUUUUCCUUUUGGAGUAAACCAAAGCAUGAUCGUGGCGAAGUUAUGGGAUGUUUUAACCUGACCACAGGCGCGGCUGUUCCAUGUUAACACGUCCCACCUCUGAACCUACGGUGGUCCCUUUCCCGUUUCUCCGGACUCUUGGAAAUCCUCUUAUUCGCAUGCCUGCCAUGCGUGCUCACGCGGGACUCCUCUACCUGCUGGUGCAUGUGCUGGCAAGAGCAAGAGGCCAGUAUGACCUGUGCAAGUCUCUCGUGAGCACGGACGAAGGCGCCGUGUGGGAGCAUUAUGCGUGCCAACCCAAAGCCCAGGCCGUGAAGGAGUACAUGCGCAUCCUCGUUGAGCCGCCGGGCAUCACCUGCGGGAACCCGCCGGAGAGAUUCUGCACCCUGGAGAAUCCAUAUCUCUGCAGUGAUGAAUGUGAUGCAUCUAACCCUGACCUGGCUCACCCGCCGCAGCUGAUGCAGGAUCGUGAGCGCAGCGGUCUCAUCACCUACUGGCAGACGGUCACAUGGCAGCGCUAUCCCAAACCUCUUCAGGCCAACAUCAGCCUGUCCUGGAACAAAACCCUCGAACUCACCGAUGACAUUCAGAUCACCUUCGAAUACGGCCGGCCCACCAUCAUGGUGCUGGAGAAGUCACUGAAUUUCGGCCGCACGUGGCAGCCCUUCCAGUACUACGCCGACGACUGCAUGGACGCAUUCAGCAUACCAGCGAGACGAGCACGUGACCUGACCGCGGACAACAUCACACGUGUCUUCUGCACAGAGCAGUACUCACGAUGGGUCGGGUCCAAGAACGAGAAGGUGGUGCGGUUCGAGGUGCGUUCCCGCUUCGCCAUCUUCGCCGGCCCGAGGCUGCUGAACAUGGAAGGCCUGUACACGCGGAUGGAGAGCAUGAAGGGUUUACGUGAUUUCUUCACCUUCACCAAUCUCAGGCUCCGCCUUCUCAAGCCCGCUCUCGGAGGAACAUACGUCCAGAGAGAAAACCUGAUGAAAUACUUCUACGCCAUUUCUAAUGUGGAGGUGCUGGCCAGGUGUAAAUGUAAUCUCCACGCAUCUCUGUGUUUGUAUGUGGAUGGCAACUUACAGUGUCAAUGUGAACACAACACGACCGGACAAGACUGCCAGCGCUGCAAAAAAGGAUUCAAAGCCAAGACCUGGAAAUCAGGAUCGUAUUUACCAACACCCAACGGAUCCCCCAACACAUGUUCCCAGGCAUUAGCUGGUUCUUCUUCUGGUUCCAAUUGUGAAUGUAAUGGACACUCGAAUCGCUGCAGUUACAUCGACUUCCUGAACAUAGUGACGUGCGUGAGCUGCAAACACAACACGCGUGGUCAGAACUGUGAACACUGUCGCAUGGGCUUCUACAAAAACACGUCUGCAGAACCCGAUGACGAGAAUGUGUGCAUCGAGUGUAACUGUAAUACGAUGGGCUCAUUGCAUGACCGCUGUAAUGGUACCGGCUUCUGUCAGUGUAAAGAAGGCACUAACGGAGUCAAAUGUGAUGAAUGUCUCUCCGGUUACUAUUGGAAACAGGGCUGUUUCCCAAACGUGUGUGAUGAUGAGUUACUCUUGUGCCAGAACGGAGGGACAUGCGUUCAGAAUCAGCGCUGUAGCUGUACGCCGGACUUUAAGGGUGUUUUGUGCCAACAAUCGCGCUGCGACGGAGGCAAAAAGUGCAACGAUGCCAGUGCACUCACGCUGAGCCUGGCACUUCUGCUCUGCCCGCUCCUCGCCACCCUGCUGGGCUCCACCGCCUCCUGAGAGACCCCUGCUUCACCACCAGCGGGCACCGAGAGGGCCAGAUGCUCAGCUUCGCCCUCUACAGGAUGCAGAACGCCCUGCAGGACAACAAGAACGAGAAAACAAAAAAGACUCUUGUAGAGCUGGAAAUCAAUGGAACUCAAAAUGAGUGCCUCACAUAUAUAUAUAUAUAUAUAUACGCUGAGGACGAAUAAUACCAAAAACACACACACUGCACACACAAAAUCAACAAGAAGUGUGUUUCUUGUGCAAUAGCUGCGAAAUGUAAUACAAACCUCACU